AUACUGAAAGAUGCGACACUGUUUUUCUCUCGGAAAGAAGCAAACUUGGGCCACGUUCUCGCCUCCAUGGAACACAUCCGGACGACACUCCAGGGAGACAAGAAGAAUUACAGUCCCGCCAUUUCCAUGGCUUUCAAGGCCGGUCUCAAGACGUUUGAGAAGUACUACUAUCUGACAGACUCGUCGGACCUGUAUCGCAUCGCAAUGGUACUGAAUCCACGCUACAAGCUCUCGUACGCGCAAACGGACCUGAAAUACACCCAAUCAUGGGUCACC